AUAUAAUGAUUAUUUAUUGACAACGGUAUAACAACAGACUAAAUGCUUAACAAUGUUUUGUUUCAACAUUUUAAGAAUCGUAGUUAAACUCCCAGUAACAGACUCCAUCAUUCAUUCCUAUUUGGAUCGGUGAUAUGUCUAGUUAAUAACCAGUCAUUAUCAUGUCCUUUACUCUGUUAAUCGGCACUCAUCUCCUACAAAUGGGUGACCUACAGUUAAAGUGAAGUUAUUAUUAAAAUACUUGGUUUGUGUUUUGGAAAUAAUUUUAUUGCAAAUGUUCAUCUUGUCCUGGAGUUUUGAACAGUUUACUUUCAUCAUUGCACCGUUGGAACAUUACGCAUGCGUCAGAUACAUGUCCAUGUGUCUAGUGUACUCUUCGUGUUUAGUGAGAAAGCUGCCUUUAAUCUGUAGCUACGCUCGACACCUGUUUCACACAAGUGCAAGUCCUCUUUUGAUACAUAAUCACAUCUUUGUUGGAGUUAAAAACCAUUUUAACUUUUCAAAACUCCUCCAAACAGCUGUUUCAGCAAGUCAAAAACGAACGUUUAUCUCAGUUAAUUUGUCCGUCGCCGGUCGAUCUUUUGAAACAUUUUUAUAUUUAGGAAAAUUUAUUCCGUUAGAUUUUCAUCGGCAGCUGUGCUUAUCAGUCUGUUGUGCUCCGAGAUUUACAGCUAAUUUCAAUUAUUGUCGCAAUAUGUCUGGAAAUAAUUCAAAAGGAACUAAUCUCUCUGGAGUGGAACUUGACUGGGAAUGGAAUGUCGAUAAAAUAGCUAAAGUCACUGAAGAAAUAAUGGUUAAAUCAAAGGCAGUCCAUGAUAAAGUCGGUACUUUGAAAUAUGAUGAAAUUAAUUAUGAUACUGUAAUAAAGCCUCUUGCAAUGGAUGCUGCAGAGUAUGAAGUGCAACGAAAUAACAUAGAAUUCAUAAAACAAGUAUAUUCUAAUAAACUACUCCGUGAUGCAAGUGUGGAAGCUGAUAAAAAGUUGUCGAAGUUUGAUGUUGAAAUGAGCAUGCGGCAAGAUGUCUUUGAUUCUAUUGUAACUUUCUCUGAAAAGAAUCAAAGUACUUUGACUGGAGAAACCAAACGAUUAGUGGAACGUCUUAUAAAACUUGGCAGAAAAAAUGGUUUACAUCUACCUAAAGAAACCCAAGACAAAAUCAUGAAAAUUAAAAAAAGAAUAAGCGAAUUGGCUAUUGAAUUCAACAAGAAUGUAAUUGAAGAAAACUCUGUUGUGGAGUUUUCUACUGAGGACUUGAUUGGCUUGCCAGAGUCUUUCAUAAGUUCUCUAGAAAAGACGGACGAUGGCAAAUACAAAGUAACUUUAAAAUAUCCGCAUUAUUUUCCAAUCAUGAAAAAAGCACAUAAUCCUGAAACUCGAAAGAAAUUGGCAUAUAUUUUCCAUUCUCGAUGUAUUAAAGAAAAUGCUCCAAUUCUUGAAGAAGUAAUCAAAUUACGUCAUGAGCAAGCCAAUCUGCUAGGCUAUAAGACACAUGCUUCAUGUGUCUUAGAUAUGAGAAUGGCAAAAACUCCAGAAACUGUGCAGAAAUUUUAUGCAGAACUAUUGCCCAAACUGAAAAUGAUAUAUGAAAAAGAAAUGAAAUACUACUUGGAAUACAAGAAGGAAAUGUGUGAGAAACACAACUUUGAAUUUGAUGGAAAGAUAAACAUGUAUGAUAUGCGUUAUUGCAUGAAUUUACUAGAGGAGAAAGAUUUUGCUAUUGAUGAGGAUAAACUUCGUGAAUAUUUCUCAGUGGAAAUCGUUACUGAAGGUCUUCUGAGUAUAUACCAGGAUUUACUUGGGUUAACGUUUGCAAAAAUAGAAAACCCUUCUGUCUGGCAUCCAGAUGUCACAAUGUACAGUGUGACAGAUACCGACAGUAAUAAACUUUUGGGUUAUUUCUACUUGGAUUUAUUUCCUCGAGAUGGGAAAUAUACUCAUGCAGCCUGCUUUGGCUUACAGCAAGGCUGUGACAAUGCGAAUGGUCAGCGCAGAAUAUCUGUGGCAGCUAUGGUUGCCAACAUUGUGAAACCAACUGCAGAUAAGCCCUCACUUUUAUCUCAUGAAGAGGUCCAAACAUAUUUUCAUGAGUUUGGUCAUGUGAUGCACCAGAUUUGCACAGAAACAAAAUAUAUACAUUUUAGUGGAACUAAUACUGAACGGGAUUUCAUUGAAGCUCCUUCUCAGAUGUUGGAAAACUGGGUAUGGGAAGAAGAGCCUCUUCGACUAAUGUCCAGACACUACCAAGAUGGAACUCCAAUACCUGAUGAUAUGAUCCAUAAUUUGAAGAAGUCAAGAAAAGCAAAUGCUGGUAUCUUUAACUUAAGACAAAUGUUGAUUGGGCAGUUUGACCAGUUUAUACAUACGCAACCUCAAUGGAGCGAAGUGUUCAGUGUGGAUAUGUUUGCAUCAAGAUUUUCUAGAGAAGGAAUAAUGAAUGCUUCAGUUGGAAGAGAUUACCGAAAAUAUAUUCUCGCACCUGGAGGGUCAAUUGAUGCUGAUCAAAUGCUACGCAAUUUCCUUGGUCGAGAUCCAUCAAAAGAGGCCUUUUUGAUUAGUAAAGGUCUUGAAGUUUAAAUGAAAAAAUAAAAGAGAAUGAAUAAGAAUAUUUUAUCAACUCCUGCUCCAGUUGCUAUUUAUAUAAUUGUAAUAUUAAUAAAUUUUGGGUUUAAAUUGUC